GCCAAACAAACUGAAAAUUGCCCUCCACAUCCCUCACAACACACCACCCAAAACCCUCUCAGUCUAUCAGUGCAGUCUCUACCCCAAAAUCAGAGAGCCAACAAUGUCAAACCACGAAGACGACGACCUUGACCUCCUUCUCUCCCUGCAAGACAGGGUUUUGGAAACCCCCCCUGCCUCUCCUUCACGUUCCCCAGACUCAAGGUAUCUUUCCGACGAGGAUGAGUUGUCCCGCCGGAGAGGGCCGCCGGACAUGUCCGUGUUCAGGGAUGCUGUUCAGGACUGCCUCGAUUACGAUCACAAAUCGGCACAGAAGACCAUCAAAUCCAAGCAAAUCAGUUCCUCCAAUGAUUCAGAGGUUGAGAAAUAUUCGGGUUUGCGAAUAAGGAAGCAGUUGCUAUCUCCUUCAGAGCUUAAGGAUCGGUUUUCAGACAUCCGUUUUGUUCGGUUACCCAAUAUAAAGAACUAUCUGGUUGGGGAAACUCUUUCAGGAUGUUGGGCAACUGUUGGAGUGUUGACUGAGAAGGGGACUAAAAGAACUAGUUCUACGGGGAAGAGCUAUUCGAUAUACAAAUUCGGGUGUUUGGAUGAAGAUACCGUUUCUGUUUUCUUGUUUGGUGAUGCUUAUGAGAGGAACUGCAAUGAGCAGGCUGGAAUGGUGUUUGCACUGUUUAAUUGUAGCGUACGCAAGGAUGCUAAGGGUGCUGGUUUUUCUUUGAGUGUGUUUUCGGCCAAUCAAAUUGUGAAGAUAGGAACUUCAGUUGAUUAUGGAGUUUGCAGAGGGAAAAGGAAGGAUGGAAUGGCUUGUAGUUUAGUCAUAAAUAAGCGCCAAGGAAUAUAUUGUAAAUUUCAUAGAUCGAAAGAAUCACAGAAAUAUUCCACUAUGCGAACUGAGCUCAAGGGAGGGAAUUUGAGAACAGGAUUUCGGAACCCGUACCAGCCAGAAGGAGUUUUUAUGGUCGAUCCUCUAGCUGACAGAACAAACUCUAACAAGCGUAAGCAGCCGGUGAAGCUAUUGUCUGUGGAAGGGCUUAAGAAGGCAUUAAGUAAAGCAGAUAAAGUGACUACAAAUACACAUUCACAAGGAAUAAGGUUUUUGGCCAAGGUCACAGGGACGACAGAUCCAAAUGAUGUGAUUAAAGAGACAACAAUGCAAAAGAAACAAAUAUCCAGCUUAGAGAAGAGGAAAUCGUCUACCACAAGCAUGGGUUCAUCUGCAGUCAUCAAAAACCAGCAAGUAGAUGCAAAAAGAAUGAAAACCGGAAAGGACAAUAGUCUGGCAGACAAAUCAAAGCAGGGCACUGGAAAGAUGAUUGAAUUAGAUUACUAUAUUAGCUCGGAUGAAGAGUUGUGAGCCUUGUAUACAUUAUUUCUGAACAUCUUGGCCAAAUCAAAGUUGAAUUCUGAUUCUGGAGUGAUAUGACUGAGCUUAUAGCCUCUUCCUAUCCUAAACUGGGUCUAAUAGUUGAGUAACCGGGGCUCCUAUCAGACGACCCUCCUCCUAGUUUAAAGUUCCAGAAGACUCAGCAGACCAAGUAACUUAAAAUCCAGAGUUUCUGAUGUCUCACAGCCAACUACUUACUCCAUCAUGACAGAGUUGAGCAAAGCAGAUUCUUAGAGAUGUCUGGCUUUGCCACUGAAACAAUUUUGUAAGAUUCUUCCCAAAGUGUUAAACUUCCAAUUAUUUAACUUAAAAAUUGUAGAGUACGUGCUGUAAGCUGUCAUUUCUUUUUUGUUUAUUUGUUGUAACAUUUUCUGGUCAGAUUAAUGGAAAAGUUGCUCCGUUUUAUCU